AUGUCAAAUUUCCCAAGCAUAGGUUACUUAGUCUUCAAGGUAUCACUUAAAGGCUGUGGAAAUUUCAGUUCAAUUCAAGAGGCAGUUGAUGCAAUUCCAGUAUCAAACCAAACCAAAAAGCUCAUCCUUGUAGACUCUGGUAUCUAUAGGGAGAGGGUUCUUGUUCAUGAGAACAAGACCAAUGUAGUGAUGCAAGGGAUGGGUUACAAAAACACAUUGAUAGAGUGGAACAAUACAGCAGCUUCUUCCAAUGGCACCUUCUCAAGCUUCUCUGUUUCCAUACUUGGAGAAAAUUUCAGAGCAUACAAUAUUAGUUUCAAGAACACCGCUCCGGCACCAGCUCCUGGUGCAGUGGGUCAACAGGCUGUUGCUCUAGCGGUUGUAGGAGACAAGGCGGCUUUCUACGGCUGUGGCUUCUAUGGGAAUCAAGACACCCUUCUUGACCAACAAGGAAGGCAUUUCUACAAAGACUGCUUCAUUGAAGGAUCCAUCGACUUCAUUUUUGGUGAUGCAAGGUCACUUUACCAGGUACACUACUAUGUCUUUCUUAAUUUAGAGCACACUAAAGCUUUAUAG